GGCACAGGUGGGGGCACUGCUGGGAAUGGGUGGGCGGGGCUAGUGGGCGCACUGCUGAUCGGAACUUGCGGGGGUCACUGCUGGGCACCGAUCAUCAGGGCACUGAUCAUCAGUGCCCUGAUGAUCGGUGCCGAUCCCCGCUCUGACAACUGCCGGUUCUCGGCAGUACUUUCCUCACGAUCUGACAGCUGCCGGUUCUCGGCUGCACUUUCCUCACGCUGUCAGAUCGUGAGGAAAGUACUGCCGAGAACCGGCAGUUGU